AAUGUUUCUGAGAUACACUAAAACCGAUAUGUCGCCACAUAUGUAGACCAGUAUUUGACCCCUAUCUCAACAUCGAGUGAUUAUGAACUUAGUGACCGGAAAAAUAUACCUCGCCUGCUUUCGGUUUGAAUGAUCUAUUUUGGGGUGUUUUCUUGCAUGACGUAAUCUUAUAUACCACCAAGGCAGAGACAUGGAGAAAGACAUCAAAAAUGGUUAAUAACGGAUUAAAGAUUUGCUGGUUGAAAGUGUUCUUCCUCAUAACGACAUUUUCUUUAGUACUGGCAGAUACUUGUCCAAAUCUCUCUGGUUGGGAUAUUCGCGCCAGCACUUUCUGUGAAGAUGACCCCUCGAAGUACCACUGUUUGGAAAACCAAGCAGGGCAGAUACAAGAGGCUUGCAUAACUCCCAAAUACAUCAAAGAAGGGCAUUAUCCAGUUCUAUCAAUUAGAGAGGACGCUUUACUUGAGAGGCCGUGUCCUAACACACACUAUCAACCCUAUGGACAACCGUCCAACCAAUAUAAAAAAGUACCUUGUACAUACACUAAGGGUGCUUGUGCAGGAGACGGAGAGGAGACUUGUGAUGACGGCGAUACAGUCAGUGACCGGAUGUGUCGUUGUGACUUCACGAGAGGGUACGCGUCUAGCGAGUAUUUGCUGUCCAAUCCCAGGUCUAAGUCAUGUUAUAAACCAAAGAUUGAAGUACAAGGAUGUGUCAUGUUGCCUUGUGAAAAUGGGACAGAGUUAAACAAAGCCUACCAGUGUGUUCCAAUCUGUCCCUCUGGCUACUUCAGACCCAAAUUUGAAUUUGAUUGUGUUCCACGACAUAUAACAUCAAGUCAAAGUACCUCAACAGAACCUUUGACCUCCAAGGCAGUGGAUGACCAAUCACGACAGAAAGAAGCGCCUGAAAUGACAGGUCACGUUUUAGAGAACAACCAUCCUGAUUAUGCAAUUAUUUUAAGUACAAUUGGCAGCUGUUUCAUGUUUGGGCUUUUGGUGGUUUUAAUGUAUUGCGCAUGGAAAGGAAGAAUUGCACGGAUUAUAAAUACAUGUAGGGGACAUAAAGAUGAUAGCGACGAUGAAUCUUCUGAUCUCUCAGAAACCGGAGAGGGGAUGAAACUCCGCAAGCAUGUUGAUGAUGGCUACCCAUACAAAGAAGGUGAUGUCAUCCAUAAAAACAAUUUGAAAGACCGAAUUGGUUGUAUAACAGUGGAGUUACCCACGGGAGGAAAAGAAUUCGGCACCGGGUUUAGAGUAGGAGAGCGACACGUGUUGACCGCUUAUCAUGUUGUUCAGGGAGUGUUUGAAAACCUUUGGAAGACUGUGAUUAGAAGACUGAAGCAGCGAAGAGAUUAUGUAAAGGGAAUUUCAGAAUUUGGAAGCAAAUCCAUACCAGAUGAUGGAAAGUGGAGCCUUACAGAUUUAUUAAUAAAUUUAGACCCCCCAACACGAGAAACUUUCAAAUCCAUUGGAAAAGGGAUGAUUUCAGACACAUGUAAAAUGAGCUUUGGAUAUGUUGAUGAUAAAAUAAAUGGAACACACUUUACAUUCAGUUAUGAUGCACCGUUCAUAUCCAAAGAACACGAUAUUGCGAUUCUGGAACUCUUGCCAGUAUCUGACAGUGUUAUGCCAGACGCACUUUCCCUGGCCGAUCUCUACACGCCUACAAAUCACCUAUAUGUACUUGGUCAUCCUGCUGGUAGAGAGCUGAUAAUUGAUCCCUCAUGUCGAAUUUUAAAUGACGAACAUCAGCUUAACAGUGCCAUUAAAAAGGGAAUUAAACUAUUUACCUCCCUUGGUGAAAACAAAUCAAAAGUUGAACACGAGUACUGUGAAUGCAAAAUUUCACAAAAUCAUAUCUUUUUUCAUUGUUCCAAAAACACUGCACAUGGUGCUUCGGGGUCGCCCUUGGUUCGAAUUGUACAUGAUAAAGCAGAGGUAAUCGGUAUUCUUCUUAAAGGUUAUCCGAAAUUGUACUACAAUAAAUAUCGCCAAAAUACGAAAGUGAAUAAGAAACCCAGCGUGUUGAUAGAGUCGGGCGUGUCUAUGGAGAAGGUGAAGGAUUUGUUAGUACGUGAACACAAAUUAGUGGAACUUGCUGACAUAAUCUUUAAAUGAAAAUAUCAUUAUGACGUCGUAUUUGACAUCAACCAGAUCAUUUGUAAUGAAGCAUCUAUGGCAUGACAGAGUUCUGAGGUAGUUUAACUGUUUGUCUGAUGUAAAACUGUACCUUUGUGUACCUGUAGUCAUACGAAAAUAGAAAACACACACUUUCCCACCUUUGAUCAGGCAUAUGUAUGUAUGUAACUUUCAUUAUGAUUGAUUUUAUUGCUGUAAUAAUUACGAUUUGGUAUGUUAGAAACCUACCUCAUAUAUUGUAUCAACUUUGUACAGAAGCAACUCAGCUAUGUUUCUCGACAAGUUUUUAUAUGUUAUACUGUUCCUUGUCAUUUUGUACGCAGAUCUCAUAACUUGUCAAAAUCAAGUCGUUGAAAUCCAUUGGUUAAACGUAAGAGUGAAAUAUAAUUAAAUAUAAACUGCCUUGACUAGGAAUUCUGUAAAAAUGAUAUUUGCAAAACAUUUCACACCGAUGUUUUCCUAUAUAAACAAGAUAAAGAUAUCAUUUUUAUUUUUCUACGAGUAGUUUAUUAAUCUUGUAUUCAAUUCUAUAAAUUAGUUAAUUAUAUCUCUUUUACUCAAAACUAUAUAUUGAAAACUGAGACAUCUGAUUUACAAUUUUACGUUUUAAGUUGUGCUUUGAAAUGUUUUACCGUGAAUUACGUAUCCAGCUUUCGAUAAUCUUAUUACCAUGUGGUGGUGAACACACACACACACACACACACACACACACGAUUUCACACAAUUUUACAUGUAUCAAACUGUCAUUAUCCUGUUAAUGUCAUUCAAAUAAAGGAAGCGUCCAUCUUA